AAGAGCCAAACGAUUCAGUAACAAGUGUGAACUUCGGUGUCCACGUGUUCAGAGCAGCACACGGACUGAAGAUUUCUGCUUAAUAAUCAUGGCAACAUCCAUACACGAGACAGUCCUCAUAGGAAUAUGUGAUGGAGUUAUUGACAAGAAGAAAAACACAUCUUAUUGCACGAACAAAAUUGGAGAUAGACCGGACCUGCUUCCAACAAUCCCUCUCCAGUGUCCCAUAUGCAGUCUGUGUCAGAGAGGCCUGUCCCACGUGGUGCAGGUCUACUGCCCUCUUGCGGCGUCUCCUUACCACAGAACCAUCAGUGUAUUUGCCUGCACCAAUCCACAGUGCAGUGGCAAAUCAGAGAGCUGGAUUGUCCUGCGCUCUCAGUGCUUGGAGGAUGACAUCAAAGCAAGACAAGACAACAAAACCACAGCAUGUACAGAAUCUGCAAUGUCCAGGACAGACUGGUGUGAUGAAGCUGAUGACUGGGGGAUGGACGAUGAAGAGCAAGAGAAAGCGGCUGAACGGGACGUACAAAUGCCAAAUGACAGUAUCGGUGAAGGAAAUGAUGUCAGCCGCAGGCUUCAGGACCUGUGCAUUGAUGGAGAUCAUCAAAGUGCCCUCCAACCCACCGAUGUGCCCCUUUUCCAGCCGUUCUACAUGAGCGUUAUGGAGGAAACGGACUUGGAUGGAUUUCUUGAUACGGAUCAUGAAAACGAACUGCUUAGAGCGUAUGAGGAGAGGGAGGGAGUGCUUGUCGCGGAGAUUCAGAGUUGUGAAAGUGGGGGAGCCACUCAGGAGGAAUACGAGAAGGCCACAGCCAAGCAUGGAGAUGAAGUGUUCAUCAGUUUCAUGAAGAAAAUCUCUCUUUGUCCUGAACAAGUGUUACGGUGA